AUGAGCCGCGAUGAAAACCACUCGAAGGAUAGAUUUACUUCAGCAGCUAGCCGCGGCCAACUCCGGCGCCUGCUCCCGUCAAUAACAUUUGUCGCGGUACACUAUGGCUACUUUGUGGGCGUGUGCCUAGUGAGCUCUCUCGUGUUUUGGGCCUCUUCCGGGCCAGGCAGCAAAGAUGGCGCGACUGCUGGGCGUCCCGGUUCAGUUCCCUACGUCGACAGCCUGUACCUUGUCGUUUCUGCCAUGACCGAGACGGGUCUGAACACGGUCAACCUCAGCCAGCUCAACACGUGGCAGCAGACGAUUUUGUUCCUGUUGAUAGUGAUUGGCGGCUCCGUCUGGGUCUCCAUAUGGACCGUUCUGGCCCGCAAGUGGGCCUUUGAGCGCCGGUUCGACGAGCUCGUCGCGGCUGAGUGCGCUGCCGCUGGCGCUUCGCUGUCACCGCCCGGUCGUGCGCAGAGCCUGCUGCGGCGUGUCACGUCGCGGCUGCAUGCUGCAUCGUCCGGCGUCGAGCCGGCUCGUCUUGCGCGGCUCGAUGAUGCCGAAAACGGGGGCGUCGUGCUCGCAGGUGCCACGCACUGUACCACCAAUGCCGCUACUGCAAAGCCCGUUCCGCUGACGAGGCGGCGACGGCCAAUCGGCCAGGCUGAGAAUGAUGUACAACAGAUCAGAGCAGACACCCUGCGGGGUGUCGUCGAUCGCCACAUGCGCAGCGACAAGAAGAAUCGCGCACCCAAACUCACCACCGAGGAGCGAUACCGACUCGGCGGGGUAGAAUACCGCGCGCUCAGGCUGCUCGCCGUGGCGGUGCCGCUGUACUCUGCCCUCUGGCAGGUCCUGGGCUGCGUGGCCCUCGCGGCGUGGCUACACGACAACCAGGCCCAGCCGUCACUCGACAACGGCAUCAACCCCGUCUGGCUUGGCAUCUUCAACGGCGCGUCUGCCUUUAACAACUCGGGCAUGUCGCUCCUCGACGCCAACAUGGUCCCCUUCAACCGGUCGUACUUUGUCCUCGUCACCAUGGGCAGCAUGAUCCUGGCGGGCAACACGGCCGCCCCCGUCUUCCUGCGGCUGUGCCUCUGGGUAUCGCUCAAGGUGCUGCGGCUCGCGACCGGAGAGGCGGUGCUCCCCGACAUCAAGGCCGCGCUGGAGUAUAUACUCAAGCACCCGCGCCGCGUCCACACGCAUCUCUAUUCGUCGCGGCAGACGUGGUGGCUGGCGUCGUCGGUCGUGGUCUUGAAUGCUGUCAUGUGGGUCGCGUUUGAGCUGCUCAACCUUGGCAACCCGAUCAUCGAGUCGUUGCCCAAGGCCGCCAGGGUCGUCGAUGGUUUGUUUCAGGCCAUUGCUGUCCGUUCGGGUGGCUUUAUGGUCGUGCAGAUGGCGCAGGUAUAUGUUGGUCUCCAGGUGCUUUAUGCCAUUAUGAUGUAUAUCCCCGUGCAUCCGGUUAGCAUGAAAAAGUCCCCCGUCCACGAGGAGCGCAGCAUCAGUGUCGAGAGCGACAGCGAAAAAACACUAGGACCGACGCUCCGCUGCACCCAAGACGACCACGGAGAAAGCACGCAAUCCUUCCUCUCCCGACAGCUCAAGGCAAUCAGGGCAAGGCAGGAAAACGACGUGUGGCUGCUCGUGGCGGCGGUCCUGGUCAUCACGACCAUCGAGACGGGCCACUUCCUCGCGGACCCCGUGACGUGGUCCGUCUGGAACAUCGCCUUCGAGGUCGUCUCGGCGUACGGCUGCGUCGGCGUCUCGACCGGCGUCCCGUUCGACUCGUUCAGCUUCAGCGGGGGGUGGAACGCGCCCAGCAAACUGGUCCUCUGCCUCGUCAUGUUGAAGGGUAGGCACCGUGGACUGCCCGUGGCUGUUUAUCCGCCGGUCGUGUUGCCUGGGGAGGAGGAGGAGGAGGUGGGGGAUGGUGAUGAUGUUUGA